AUUACAUAGAGCAACAAACAACGUUUGUUCUAAAAGUUGUUAUUGAAUUAUGUUGCAAUUACAAUUAAAAGCUGAAACAAAAAGAAAAUUGUACGAAGAGAGACAAGUAUACAAGCUACGCAAUGCCGAGCGUUCUCUAUGUGAAGAACUUUUUACAGUCAAGUCCGAAAUAGAGUUUUUAACGGAGCAGUUAGAGGAGUUAAAGGAUAAAAUCUCCGAAACUUCCUACGCAAUAUCAAAUAUGGAAAUGCAAAAGGCAGCCGAAAGUAGCAAAUUGAAUAACAAUAUUCAGUGGCUUGAUCGUCAUAAGAGAGAAUUUGAUGAAAUAUUUGCUGCAGAACAGAAAUUACUGGAAUGCCGUAACAAUGCACUGAAGGAAAAGGAAGCUGAAGAACAAGAGUUAGAAAGACAAAAACAAAAGGAAAUAGAAAAACAAAACCACGUGAAAGCGAAUGAGGCAUCAGCUAUAGAAGAGGAAUGUAGCGAAAUUGAGCGGGAAUGUGCAGUUUUGAAGAAAAGAAACGCUGCCAUCAUGCUUAAGUUACGUCGGAAACUUGUGGAGACAGAGGACGUUCGACGCGAGUUAUUGAACAAACAGGAACCGCCUCUCCAACACAACGAAGCGACUCAAUAACGACGCACAUUUCAUAAC